GAUGACCAAAAAAAUCGGACUAUAUCAUAUGAAGAUGCUCUCGAAGAAAUUGGGUUUGGACGUGUGCAAAUCGAAGCAAUAAUAGCCGUUAUGUUUGUGCUGAUAAACGUGUUUAGCGAGACGAUGGGUAUAUCAAAUCUAAUCCCAGCUGCAGAAUGUGAUUUACAAUUGAAUGAAAGCACAAAAGGACUUUUAUCAUCGAUGCCUUUUUUUGGCAUGAUGCUAUCAAGUUAUGUUUGGGGAUAUUUAGGAGACACAAAAGGACGAAGAUUUGUGAUUAUGUGGACACUCUUGUUUUCCACUUUAUCCACUGCUUUUACAGUUUUCGUGAAAAAUUUCUGGGUAUUUUUGUUCAUGAGAUUUUUAACUGGUAUUUUUGCUGGAGGAUAUUCAGGUGUGAUGUAUGCUUAUGUUGGAGAAUUUAAUAUUACUAAAUAUAGAACAGCUGUUAUAAGCUGGAUUGGUGUAGCUGUGGGACUUUCAACAAUACUAAUGCCACUGAUUGCAUUAUUAAUCCUACCGUACAAAUGGCAUUUUAUAAUUUAUAAAGGAUAUGAAUUUCGACCAUGGAGAUUAAUAUUAUUUAUCUAUUCAGUUCCUGGUAUUAUUGGAGGAUUGUGGAUUUAUCAUUUACCGGAAAGUCCAAAAUUUCUUUUAUCAAUUAAUAGAAAUCAAGAAGCUCUUGAUAUAGUUAAAUGGAUUUAUCGAAUGAAUAACGGAGCUAACGAAGAAUUUGAUAUACUAAAACUCAAACCUGAAACCCAAGGAAAUGGAAAUUGUCUUAAAGGAAUAGGAUCUAUUUUGACAUCAUUAAAAAAUCAAACAAUUCCUUUACUGAAGCCACCAUACCUGGUUUAUUUUGUAGCAUGUUGCUUCAUUCAAUUCGCUUGCUUUUGUGGAUGUGGUGGAUUAGCAUUAUUUUUACCUGAUAUUCUUAACAAACUGAAAAAAUUAAAGAAUGAAACACCUCUAAACUACUAUGUUUGUGAUGCUGUGCAUUAUAAUUCAAAUCAUUUAGAAACUACUAAAAAUACAACAGUUAUUAAUGAAUUUUGUGAUGAUAACGUGAAUCCAAGCAUUUAUACAGAUAUUUUAAUUUUGGGCGGAACUUAUUUUGUAGGAUUUUUAGUAUUAGCAAUUAUUAUAAGACCAAAUACACGAAGAUAUAUCAUAGGUAUGCUUUUAAAAAUAUUAUUUUAUAUUCACAAUGAUAUCUAGUUGAGUAUGACUAUUUUUGUUAUUUUCAAUUAUUUAUAACAGCUUCAACAUUAUUUUUAUCGAGUAUGGCAGGAUUUAUUCUACCCUUUCUCACUUCUCAUUACCUCAUUAUCGGCUGCUUUUGCAUGUUUUUGAUGUUGUCCUGUGUAAACGUGUCAUUAAUUAAUGGUGUCGCCUGUGAUAUAUUUCCAACAUAUUUACGGUAAUUUCUCGGUGCAUGGUUCGACUAUAUGUUUACAAAAUUGAUGCAUAUAUUAACAUUGAAAAUUCAGAAGUCUUUCACUAGAUUUAUCACGUUGGUUAACAAAAAUUCACCAACAAUUAGUAUUUUUCUUAUCAUGAAUGCUUAAUUUUUAAAUGUGGUUCAUCAAGUUUGUCACAUUUUAAUCGUUUAAAAACCUUUAAAAUGGAUGAUUCAUAAUUAUUCAUAUUUUAGAUCGAUGGCUGUAAGCGUGUCGUUGUUAUUUGGACGGCUUGGUGGUACUGUAUCAUCAAAUGUGAUUGGAUAUACAAUUAAUUCAUAUUGCUAUGAGACAUAUUUUGGCUGUGCAACUAUAAUUUUAAUAAGCUGUGUUGCUUCAUUUAUUGUAACAAAACGAUGAUAAUAAUGUAAGGUUGUUUAAG